AUCCAACUAUCCAUCAGAAGUACGAAUACCCUCGCAGCAUCACUAUUUCAACUACACAAGACAGCCAGUCAAUGGCAGACUAAAUCAACCAACACUCCUGCCCGCCAUGCGCCGCGCACUCCUCAGCUCGUCGGACGUGUCCGUCCUCGCCUCCAUGGCCAUCGUGAUCCUCUGCACGCUCGCGCUCUUCCUCAGCGGCUACGCCAUCCAGCAGCGCACGCUGCGCGACCUGCGCGCCGCCAUCCGGCCCCGCGAGACGCGCCCCUCACCCAAGGCGCACCUGCCGGACCGCUUCCGCACAUCGACGACGGAGCUCGGGGACGGCACCGUCGUGCUGCUGGAGAGCGACGCGGACAAGGAGGCCAAGGAGGUGGAGCGGCUUGUGGCGACGGCGCACGCGCCCAGCGAGGCCGAGACGACGCCUCGCGAAGAAGAAGAAGACGCGUCAUCAGACCAUGAUGGACGACGGGAGAAGCAGCAGCAGCAAGAAGAGGGGGAGCGGCGACGCGCGUCACGACGGGAAAAGGGCAACAAGGACGACAAGGCCGCCGCCGCCGCCCGCCCCGUGUCGCAGCGCCAGCGCGCCAUCAUCGAGCAACUGCAGGCCGACGUCGCGGCCAAGUCGUGGGGCGUCGAGCAUCCAGACCCGCUGAAGAAAUCCAAAGUGCCCAUCACGCGCGCCGAGCGGCGGCGGCUGAUCAAGGAGGAGAUUUCUCGGCUCGCGCAGUCGGAGCAGCGCGUGUACUACCAGCGGAGGCUGUGGUGAGACCUGCCGCGCGAUAUUGUUUCUUUUUGGGCCAUGUGCAGCUCGUGAGCUGAAGUGGUGGGUGGGCUGAUGGUGUAUGUACAUACAUACAUACUUCGUACAUGUGUCCUUACGCAAUUACGAAGGGGAGCUGACCACCGCGGGUCCACACGAGACGCGAUGGUCUCGGGUAUUAUUUUUGGACUGGGUUACGAACGUAGGCGUCUCGGGACGGAGGGAUAUGAGGGAAAUUAUUUAGGGUCAAGCUCCAUGAUGCGUAUCCAUGGGCGGACGGGACGGGAUUAUGACUACAAUGAAUGCACCUGGUAUUACUUUAUUUUUG